AUGGAGACUCCAACGGCUCUUCUCCUUCUCUUCCUCCUCUACACCAUCACCUUCUCCGUCGCAGAUGACGGAGCAGCAAUGCUCGCUUUAGCUAAAUCGUUUGAUCCUCCGCCGUCAGAUUGGUCAACCACCGUUUCCACAGGAUAUUGCAAAUGGACCGGCAUAGAAUGUACCUCCGGUCGUGUCACUUCCAUCAACCUCGCUGAUAAAUCUCUCUACGGCGUUAUAGCACCUGAGAUCUCGACUCUUUCCGAGCUCAAGUCCGUUGCUCUUCACCGUAACAAACUCUCUGGUAACAUCCCUUCGUUAGCUAAGUUAUCUUCUCUUCAAAAGAUCUUUAUGGAUGAGAACCUUUUCGUCGGAGUUGAAGUCGGAGCUUUCGCUGGACUUACUAGUCUUCAGAUCUUGAGUUUAAGCGAUAACGUUAACAUCGCUGCUUGGAGUUUUCCUUCAGAGCUAGUGGGUUCGACUUCACUCACCACUAUUCACCUUGAUAGCACCAAUAUCUUCGGUGUUUUACCUGACAUCUUCGAGUCCUUUGAAUCUCUUGAGUAUCUCAGGCUAUCUUACAACAACAUCACUGGUCCGUUACCACCGUCCUUGGCGAAAACUUCGAUUCAAAAUCUUUGGAUCAAUAACCAAGACUCUGGUAUGUCAGGAACGAUCCAAGUGCUUUCGAGUAUGACGACUUUGUCACAAGUUUGGCUUCACAAGAAUCAGUUCUCUGGACCGAUCCCGGAUUUGUCCAAGAGUGAGAAUCUCUUUGAUUUGCAGCUCCGGGGUAAUCAGUUAACAGGGAUCAUACCGCCUUCACUUCUUACACACGGAAGCUUGAAGAACAUUUCUCUAGACUACAAUAAGCUCCAAGGUCCUCUUCCUUUGUUUCCGCCUAAGGUUAGAGUAAACAUCGACCACAACUAUUUCUGUACUACUAAAGCAGGGCAGAGCUGUAGUGCUCAGGUGAUGACGCUUUUAGCGGUGGCUGGAGGUUUGGGAUAUCCGUCAAUGUUGGUUGAAUCUUGGAAAGGAGAUGAUGCUUGUAGUGGAUGGGCUUAUGUUACUUGUGAUUCAACCGGUAAGAAUGUUGUUACGUUGAAUCUUGGGAAGCAUGGAUUCAACGGCUUUAUAUCUCCGACGAUUGCGAAUCUCACUUCUUUAAAGAGUGUUUACUUUAAUGACAACAACUUAACUGGUGUUAUCCCCAAGGAGUUAACAUUUAUGACUAGUUUGCAGCUAAUUGAUGUCUCCAACAACAAUCUCUCUGGUGAAGUACCAAAGUUUCCGAUGAAGUUUAAGUACAAACCGGGGAACUCUUUGUUGGGAGAUGGUUCUAGUGCUAGUGGUGGUUCUGGUGGUAGUAAGGCUCUUGUGGUCGUUGGUGUAAUCGUGGGAGUUCUUGCUUUUCUUGCUAUUUUAGGAUUUGUGGCUUAUAAAUUUGUUAUGAAAAGGAAGCAUGUGUCUAAGUCUAAUGGUGCUAGUGGUGACAAUAGUGAUAGUUUAUUUAUUGAAGGUGGAAGCGUUACCAUUCCUAUGGAGGUUCUUUGUCAGGUUACUAAUAAUUUCAGUGAGGAUAACAUAUUGGGUAAAGGCGGUUUUGGUGUUGUCUAUUCUGGAGAAUUACACGAUGGAACUAAGACUGCAAUCAAGAGGAUGAAUUAUGCAUCAAUGGGUGAUAAAGGAGUAAGACAGUUUCAUGCCGAGAUAACAAUACUUACUAAGGUCAGGCAUAGACACUUGGUCGCUCUAUUGGGAUACUGUGUAAAUGGAGACGAGAGGCUGCUUGUAUACGAGUACAUGCCACAGGGGAAUCUUGGACAACAUUUGUUUUGGUGGCGUAAAUUCGGUUACUCUCCUCUGACAUUGAAACAAAGGUUGAGUAUCGCGCUAGACGUGGCACGAGGUGUGGAAUAUCUCCAUAGCUUGGCUCAGGAGAGCUUCAUCCACAGAGAUUUAAAGCCCACUAACAUCCUUUUAGGAGAUGACAUGAGGGCAAAGGUUGCUGAUUUCGGAUUGGUUAGGAAUGCACCAGAUGGGAAAUACUCUGUUGAGACAAGAGUGGCAGGCACAUUUGGUUACUUAGCACCAGAAUACGCUGCUACUGGAAAAGUAACGACCAAAGUGGAUGUGUAUGCAUUUGGAGUGAUUCUUAUGGAAAUGCUAACAGGAAGAAAAACAAUAGACAAUACAUUACCAGACGAUAGAUCUCAUCUAGUGAAAUGGUUCAAAAGAAUACUAAUCCAGAAAGAAAACAUUCCAAAGGCACUUGACGAAACCUUAGAAGCAGACGUGGAAACAAUGGAGAGCAUUUAUAGUGUAGCUGAACUUGCAGGACAUUGCACAGCACUCGAGCCUCAACAAAGACCAGACAUGGGACAUGCCGUGAGCGUGCUUGUCCAACUUGUAGAGACAUGGAAACCGUCAUGCCAAGAAGAAGAGACUUUAAGGAUCGAUGUGGACAUGAGUUUUCUAUACAAGAUUACAAUUAGCUGUUGCAUUCUAGGUGGUUUAAAAGAUUGAAAACAUUUGAACUGAUUCUGUUUUGUCGUAUAAGCUUUGUAUGCAAGAACUUGAUUUC